AGACAAGUGUGUUUCAUCAGCCUGAGGCGUGUUACAUCAGUCAGUCAGUUCAUACCUGUCCGGUCAUAUUGACAUGUUUUUAUUCUUCUGAUCGUCAAGACGACACAAAGACUGGAGACUGGAGACACAAAGACUGGAGACAGCUCGGACUGUUUGGACACUUUACAGAACUUUAUACUGGAAGAGACUUUUUCUGCGUCACACAGUUUAAAGAGCCCUGAGCAGAGUGUUGAUGUCUACAGAAAGAUCUCCUGAAGGGAGAUCUGACGAAGCAGCUCAAUGGUGGACUUCAGUCAGUUCCUGGUUUGGUGUUACGUCUUCCGUCUCCUGUUACCGUCACAUGGAGGUGAACCUCAGGUGAUUGGUCCAUCGCAGCCAAUAGUGGCAAUACUUGGUGAGGACAUUAUUUUGCCAUGUCACCUGGAUCCUCCAAGGAAUGCUUCUGGUAUGGUUCUGGAGUGGGUGAGACCGGACCUGAGUCCCGGGUUUGUUUAUGAGAGACGAAACAGUGAAGAACAUGUAGCUGACAAACAGCCCUCCUACAGAGGAAGAACAUCCGUGUCCAUCAACAAACUGGAGCUCGGAGACGCUUCAAUGAAACUCUCCAAGGUGACGCGUCCUGAUGAGGGAACCUACAGAUGCUUUUUUCCUCAACUGGGUCAAUACGCUUUCAUUGAGCUUGUUGUUGGAAUCGUCUCCUCACCUGUUAUCAGUUCAGUGAACGUUAGCAGCAGCCUGGUUCUACAGUGUGAGGCUAAAGGCUGGUAUCCAGAGCCUGAGGUGUCCUGGCUGGACGCUGAGGGAAACCUCCUCUCUGCUGGACCUACAGAGACAGUCAGAGGUCCUGAUGACCUCUAUACUGUCAGCAGAAGAUUGACUGUGGAGAAGAGCGACAACUUCACCUGUAGAGUCCAACAGAAGAACAUCACCCAGACCAGAGAGACACACUUCUAUGUUCCAGGUCAUUUUUUCACAGUUCAGUCUUUGAGUCAGACUGACAUCAUCAUCAUUCCCAUCACUCUUGUUUGUCUGCUGCUGGUCAUUGUUCCCACAGUGAAAUGUUUCAGGCCAAGAGGAGACUGAGAACUUUAAGGAUGU